AUGGUUCAGUGGAAGUUAUGCAAUGCUUCUAGUAAGGACAUCCUAGAAGAGAUGACGGAUCGUGAUUCUACCAAUUCUUCAAUUCCAACCACCCCUAUGGAGGCCUUUCCCACUACAUUAAAUCUUCCAACCUCACUGCGAUUAUCCAACGAUCAUGAGAAUGAUGACGCUUGCGGUUCUUCUUAUUUUGAUAAUAAGGAAAGCAACGUUAAGGAGGGACCUGCUUUCCCGGCAGAUAUCGGGCGUGCAUCCACGCCUCAUCGCGUCAUUCCGCCGCGGACAUCCCAUUCCCCCGGCUCAGUUCACCACGUUGUGGAGGCGGCGGAUGUGGAAUUGAUAUCCACGGAAGAAAUUCGUUCCAGAUCGAAUACUGAGGGCGCGGCCUUGUUGGACAAGGGUGGAGAACCUCAUGAGGGCAACCUCCAAGGCGGCCUUGGUCCUGGGCGGGACUUGCCGUUGGCCUUGCCGGAAGCACCCCCUGCCGGAAAGCUGAAGGUCGACGACGUCGCGUCGAGUCUGCGUGGGCCCUUAUUAUGGCAACAUGCUCUCAGCUCUGGCGACGAGCUCCGUAGGCUGCAAAGUCAGGUCUUGACGUUAGAACGCGAGCAUGAAGAAAGCAAGCAGCAUGAGGAGGAGAUGGCGGGCUUAUUGGUUAAAAGUACAAUCUAUAUGGAGGAGCUCAAGCGCUCUCUACAAGAAGAGCGACGUCAAAGAGAAAGCGCCGAAAGGAUAAUCCAAGGAUCCAAGUUGUUGAAAAACGGCGACUGCGAUGAGCCGGAUCAGUCUGGCAAUGCCGAACCAACCCCUGUUUGUGGUUUACCGUCCGACUAUGUGGCAUCCUCGUUUGGGAAUUAUUCAGAGAUCUCGACCAACACGACGCGGCGGAAAAACUCCCCCCGAGACCUCCAAGACCGCUCGCUAACCCUUCUUUCCUCGCCAGCAAUGGGGGAUACAAGGCGAAAAGCCCUAGAGGCGAUGACCCUCAAAGUCGCUGAGGUGGAAAAGGAAAAUGUCCGCCUACGGCACCAUUGCAGGACGUUUUCGAAGAAGCUGCGGGCGGCGCGUUGCGAGGGUGAGACCGCCGCGCAGGCCCAGCGGCGCGCCCAGGACUACAUCGCGAAGCUGGAAAACCAGCUGACGGAGGUUUUAUCGGCGAACGCGCGGCUGACCGAGUCGACAGGCCGCGCGCUCGAGGAGAAGGUGGCGGAGCUGGGGCAGCAGUUGGAGGUGGCCCUCAGGACGCGGCGAACCGCCGAGGAGCUUCGCGUGCUCGCGGAGCUUUCGCUGAGUUUUGUGCUCGACUGGCUACAGCGCGAUUCGUCGCCGCAGCUCGACGGGGCAUGGGGACAGGCGGCGGAUGAACCCGCAAAGUUCGCCGAAAGCCCUGGAAAGUCGGUUGAGGGCGGCGAAGGCGCCGCUGCCCGAGCCCACGACCUAAACGCAGCUUUGCAGAUUAGCGAAAGCGACAUUUUGUCGAAUUUAGAGCGCCCCAUUGUGCUGACGGAGAUUCGCGCUAACCUAUCACGCAUUCGGUCUGGUAAACCGAGUGGGCUCAAUGGUAUGGCGAUUGAUCGCAAAGAAGGCGCGGAGGUGAAGGGGUUUCCCGAACCUCGCGAGGGCCCGUCGGGUCCCCUGUCGAAUGCCACGCUACUGAGCCUGCCGCAAUGUCAACAAACGGUGAAUCGCGCACUGACUGCCGCGCGGGGCGCCGCCCGACGCCGGCGCUCCGCCAACCAGGCCGCCCUUGAAGCGUUUGGGGACGCCUGCGUGGGGCUCGCCGUGCGGCCUCAAUGGGAGCUUUCGGAUGCCCUGGAGAAGUUCUCGCAAAGGCUUUGGCGUGCUCAGGAGCGACUCCAACAAGCGGUGGUUCAUCGCACGCAAGUGGGGGCUCGCGAUAACGCGAUCGAGGCGCAGCUUCGUUCGGAACUUCACCACACGCAGGCCGACCUAAACCACAGCUUCUCCCGUCUUCGUCUUCUGGAAGUGGAGAAGGCGGGGGUGGAAAAGCGGCUGGGCCAACUGCAGGAUAAGUGUCUUUUAGCUGAAAAAAUGAACGCCCUCGGCUCCCUUCCGUCAGAACUGCAGCGCGGCGUAGGCCGCGCCCUACGUCAAACGGUGAGUGAUCUUCAAGACGUCGUAGGGGUCGACGUAAAUAUUCUACAAGGGUCUUUUCUGAAGCAAAUUCAAACCCUGGCCCUUCGUGGGGAGGCUCACCUUGAGCUCAUCCAUCGUUUUUUGAUCGACCAGCAUUCCAACCCCUCCUCGGGCGGCAUCCGGCGCGAUGGCGGCAGCGACGACGACUUCGCAUCCGCGCGAACUUCCUGCGUUUCGAAAGCGCCACCCUGCGUAUCCCUCGCCUUUCCCGCCUCCACAUCGUGUGCGCAGGAAGGGAUUGGGGAGACCAACAGGAGGACUCCCCUCGGGCGAAAUUCGACCCCCCACAGUCUUCACCACAAGGGCGAUCCUACUCCGAGGCCGUUCAUACGGGAAACGAAUGCCUUGGGCGAGACCGUGCGGCCGACUUCGCCGCCACCCUCGCAUUCGCUGACCCCGCGCCAAAAGAGCAUUUAUUACCACAUGAAGCAUCUGAUUCACGCCCCGCCGUCCCCUUUGUCGGCCAGCACGGGUCCCUCCGUGGAAGGGCAUCUUUUCUCGCGCUCGUCGAUGGCGACCUCAUUUCCCGCGUUUACGGCGCGUCGGUCGGUGGAAAAUGGGUUGCGUGGGGAGGCCCCUGCCGCUGGACCUCCGCAAACGACCUCAUCGGAGCGGGAUGAUUGGGUGCGAGGGGCCAAAACCCUCGCCGGCCAACUCGCCAACGUCUGUAAGCUGAUUGAAAAUAGCACCAAUCAGAGCGCCGAUCUGGCGAGAACUAUCCAAACCCGGAUUGCCUCCUACGAGAGGAAUAUCAAAAACGCCUUGGAGUCCGCGGUGAGCGAAAUGGCUGAGCUUCUACAGGGAGGGGUGGCUGGUGUAAAAAUAAAGCGCUGA